UCAUUCUAAACUUUGACUUUUGUUGCUGACUUUUGUCUAAUUUUUUAUGAUGCGAUAUUGUAAUUUACAUUUUCUUUUAAAUUUAUAUCUUUAUGAGUUAUAAUAAUUUUAACAAAGGCGAUUUGAAUUACGGUGAAAAUGCAGAUCAUCAGACAAACGUACAAGAAGAUCCUAAUACUACCAUUGAUAUGGUACUGGUCAAAAAAGAAGAAGCAGUUAGGCAGAGACAGAGCUUGAAUUCUGAAAGCAAAAAUUUUGUUUGUGUUGACGUAGAUGAUAGUAUAGGUCCGUCUGCGUUCAAAAAUGAUAAACUGAGUGUAGAUAUAGUCCAGUUGAACGAUACUGAUGUUAAAACUAGUGUAACGAAUGUUGAGCGUAAGAAGUUCACAGUUUUGGGGCUUUACGAUUAUAUCUUCGGGGCGGCACCCCCGCCGCCUAACCAAGGACGAUGGGGCCAGGGUCAGGGGUUCUGGUCCCAGCCACCACCGCCACAGCAGCAGUCGUAUUGGAAUCAGUACGGUCCAUCGCAACUUGCAGGUCCAAGUCCAGGCCCGCAAGGUCCAAUGGAGGCCCAAGGGCAGGGCUACGGAGGUUUCGGAGGCCGCGAUGCUUGGGGCACACCGCUGAUGUACGAUCCUGGUUCCCGAAACUCUUUUGUUGCACUAGUGAUGAGCAUAGUUUUUGUUAUGAUAAUUGUCACAGCUGGCUUCAUCGCCAUAGUUUUGGCUACGCCCGAUUAUAAAGAGUUUUUCAUAAGCUCUGGAUGGUUAACGUUACUACCCGCAUUAUGUGGCAUAAUUUUAGUAAACUAUGCGAUGAUGUGUUCGCCGUGUGCUAGAAGACCUCCGUGCAACUUUCUGUUGUUGCUAAUAGCGACGGCUUCUAUGAGUGUUAUAGCGGCAAAAAUCUCCAGUCACUAUCGCACUGAAAUUAUAUUAUAUGCUGUUCUCGCUACUGGCGCUGUCGUGUUUGUUUGCAUAUUGUUAGCUUGUUCCAAAUUUGAUUUUACUAGUUGGAUGCUCUACGUAAUAUUGAUAGCAACAGGGUUUUCUGUCGUUAUUAUGAUUGUAAUAAUUACAAUGAUGGUCACGGGAACUAUGAUGAAACCUGUGCUAAUAACAAUAUUGGUUAUAGGGACUUUGAUUCAAAUUGUGAUGCUUACGAUGAACCUACAAAUGGUACUAGGAGGUAGGACCAUAGAAAUAUGCGAAGAGGACUAUGCCUUAGCAUCUUUCCUCAUCUACACAUCCAUACUAGACGUAUUCCUUAAAAUGAUGCAAAUUAUAGGAUUAGCCAACAACUAAUAUGAUUCGAUUAGAUAUGAUAUUCCAUAAAUAAGUUUUGAAUGAUAUGACACUGAUGUUAAAAAAUUUGGUGUCUGGUUGUCAAUUUCACUCCCUACGCUAGAGCAAAUUCCAAAUAUUGACAGCGUUGAAACGUUGAAUGAUAUAUAAAUGGAGUUUCUUUGCAUUUAAAUUUUGGUGUUUACGAAAAUAUGAAAUAUAGUAACCCAAGCAAUAGAUAUGAGUCAAAGUAUACUGAAUCAAGAAGCCAAUAUAGCCAAAAUUAAAACCGAAAAUGAAGAAAAAGCCACAACUGGAGAAAAAUUGGGUAAAACUGACGAUACAUCUGAUUUGACUAAUGAGGAGGUUCCAAAAUCAGAACCGUCUAAAUUCAAUAUAUCAAAAAUUAAUAUUGAAAACGAAGUUCAACUUACAGUAAGUGAACAUACUGGCGACACUUUUAGGGUGAAUCUUGCUACAGAAGAUCGGUUAAAAUCGGAUAUAUCUAAAUUGAAUACCAAAAUCAAUGUUGAAAAUGAAGCAGCAAUCUCAGCAAGUGACAAUGUUGGAAAAACUGAUGAUAGGGCGAAAAUCAUACCUGAUGAUGAGGACAGAUUAAAAUUGCAAGCACCGCGAGCAAAUGCAUCAGUAUUAAAUCACAUAUUGGUUGAAACCAAAGAUCAAGCCGAUCUUAAACCGGAAAAAUUGGAACCGCCUAAAGUCGGCUUGCCACCGUAUGUUUCUCAAACCAACAGUGUAGAUCGGAGUCCUCUCGUCUCAACUUUGCAAAGUCAAGGUCCAAGCGUCGAAAGAUAUGGUGGACUUGCACGGUUCUAUGAUCCUCGGUCCCGAAAUUCAUUUGUUGCUCUUGUUAUGAGUAUUGUUUUUGUAAUGCUGCUUGCCACUGCCGGAUUCAUCGCUAUAGUUUUAAUUAAUCCUACGCUGAAGAUUUUUUUUCAAGAGGCUGGCUGGUUCACUAUAUUACCUGCGGUAGCCGGUUUGGUAGUUGUAAACUAUUCGAUGAUGUUCUUGCAGUGCGCGAGGCGACCACCUUUAAAUAUUAUUAUGUUAUCAUUGGGGACAGCAUGUGUUGGCGUCAUUGCAGCAAAAGUCUCGACUCAUUACAGGACUGAAAUUAUAAUGUAUGCUGCUUUCGCGACUGGAGCGGUUGUGUUUGUUUGUUUCCUUGUAGCGUGUUCUAAAUUUGAUUUUACGAGUUGGAUGAUUGACCUUGAUGAGCCUUUGUAGUUCCAGUUUUGAUAUUUUUGACAUAAAAUAUAAAACAAGAUAUAAAAUUUGCUCGAUGUUCAAAUGAAGAUUCUAAAUUAAUGAAGAUACACAAACUAAUGUAUUAAAGGAAUUUGAAAUGUAAAUGAGCAUUUGUAUAUCGAA